GCGAAUCACUUAUGAGCGAAGAAGAGGAUGACGAUUUGGGUAUCAAACCGGGUACAGUAAUCGACUCCAGUAAAGCUAACUACGUCGUAGUAAAUCUACUCGGCGAAGGAGGAUUUGGUGCCGUGUAUAAGGUUUAUGACAAAAAAGAUCCGAAGAAGGAGUACGCGAUGAAAGUCGAGAAGAAAAUUGAGCAACGUCGACAUUCCAAGUUGAAAAUGGAAAUUGCAAUACUUAAACUCGUAUCUGGUCAGCGAAAACAGUCUCAUUUCACCACGAUUGUCGAUCGAGGAAAAAAGGAAACGUUUUUCUUUCUAGUUAUGCAGUUAGUCGGUAAAAGUCUUGCCGAUCUGAAAGCAUCACGCCCUAACAAAGUGUUCACAGUACCAACUAGCAUGGGUGCAGGAAUACAAUGCUUAGAAGCAUGUGAGGAUUUACACAAACACGGAUUUAUACAUCGAGAUUUAAAGCCUGCCAAUUACGCAUGUGGUUUGGGAGAUAAAAGGCGGGUGAUCACGAAUGUGAAAGGUGAACUAAAAACGCCACGACAAACAGUACGAUUUAAGGGAACGAUUCGAUUUGCUUCCAUUGCAUGCCAUAAGAAUGUCGAGAUGGGUCCGAAAGAUGACUGUGAAUCGUGGUUUUAUCUAAUAUUGGAUGUAACCGUGUCGGGAGGUUUACUAUGGAAAUCAAAAAGCGAGAAGGAUGACGUGCUGAAAGUUAAGGAGCAAAUGCGCAGCCCAGAGAGAAGGGAUGCCGCUUUUGGUGGACUGCCAUGUAAAGAGGAACUUAGCAAGAUGCUCGACUACAUCGACAGCUUGAAGUAUCACGACCGCGUCGAUUACGAGUUUAUCUAUAAGUUAUCAGAACAGGGAGCAAAAUCAGCUGGAGGCGACAUCAAGGACUUGUAUGACUGGGAAAAAACCAUCGAACCUACUGUGACUACCACUACAAAGGCACCGUAG